CCACCACGCUUCCUACAACCACCACUUCUGCCAUUUCAUCAGCCAGUGCGACCUUUCUCCGCUGCGCCACCCACUUUACACUUUACACUUUACAUACAUCUAAGCCCAAGCCCACUUUGACUCAUCGCCCAACGAGUCUCCCACAGCUGCGACGCGCUCUGCCCCCAAACAGCGCACCCCUUUGAUCUUCAUCAGCACUACAAUACCAGUCGCGCUUCCAUCAACCGAGCUUCAAACCUCGCCUCUGUCUCUACUCUGCUCGCCUGUCUGAAGUCAGCGCGCUCUUACCCACACUCUGCACUCAAGUAUCACCGCUCCUCAAGUCCUCAACAUGUCCAACAAAAUGGAGCAAAGCCUGGACGAGAUCCUGAAGGCGAACAAGUCGUCGACAACCCGCCGUGGCCGCGGUGCGCGACGACCAAAUGCUGGGCGCGCUCCUGCCUCUGCAGGCCCCAUCGGUGGAGUUUCCAAGUCGACAAAGCCAGCCAGGCAAGCCAAGGCCACCCCGACCGGACCUGCUGCCUCAGCCGGAGAGACCAAGAUUAUGGUUUCCAACUUGCCACUGGAUGUUGAGCAAGGCCAACUUCAGGAUUACUUCAUCUCAGCAGUCGGCGUAGGUCGGCCCAAGAAGAUCCUCUUGCAGUACGGACCAAACGGUCGCAGCCUGGGAAGCGCCACAAUCAUCUUCAACAAGCACGAUCAAGCCGUCAAGGCUACCGCCGCUUUGAACGGUGUCAAGAUUGACGGCCGCCCCGUUCGUGUGGAGAUGCUCGUAAGCGCGGCAAACCUCCCACCUCCGGCUCGUCAGCCUUCGCUGGCUGAGCGCGUUACUCAACCCAAGAAGGACAAGCCUAAGCCGGCUACCGCCGAGAAGGCUGCACCCGCUGCUGGACGUGGACGUGGACAAACUCGUGGCCGUGGCCGUGGUCGCGGUGGCCGUGAAGCUCGUCCCAAGAAGAAGACAGUCGAGGAGCUUGAUGCCGAGAUGGCGGAUUACUUCCCAGGCGGCGAGCCCACCAACGCCACCAGCGGUGCGGAGGUUGUUCAGGCAGCUGCCGGCGGCGACACUGCCAUGGACGACGAGAUGCUUUAAGCGCCGUAGCAUCAGCGCGCCAUCUUCUCAGUCCUUCCUCCUUUAUUUUUUAAUUUGGACAUGAAACGAAAUUGGGUGGGAUUUCAGAGUGGGUCGGUCUGGGCUCAGUAUUUCCUUGAUUUCCUUGGGAGCGCAUUUUUCUUAAAAACCAUACUUUUACGAAGAAGUCCGGUUACUGCCAAAGCAGGUGGACCCUGGACGCGACUCGAAACUUGUACACUACUCACGGACGGCUGAGGUUCGGUUCACAAAUUGCUUUUCACGCUCUAGGUAGCUCAAAUCAAGAUUGGCCAUGGUGGCACGAUUUCCGACGACU